AUGGCGCGAGUGCAGGAAAGGUCAGGAUUAGCCGAUUUUAUGAAUAGCAGUCUUAUAGAUGACAUAACAGGGAGUUUGCCUCAAGGGGUGGACGAAAAGGUGAUCCUAAGUCGGUGUUCAAUACUGACGACAAACAAUUCAUUUUCGGCACUCGUGCCCGGAUGGGAGGGCAUUCCCACCGCCAUUGGCAUCAAUGUGGUCAUGGCUGCCAAGUCCAGUGAAGACAUCUAUUACACCGACAAACAGAUUAACCGAAAGCACCCGAAGGCUUAUUUACCCAUCAUUUUGCACACCAAUGACGCCCUCAUCGGUGAUAAAGUGAGGCGCGACGACGACAACACCGAAGACCCCUCGACUAUCAAACUAUUCAACACAACUAUCGGCGGCACAAGUAAUCUGAAACCCAGUAAAUCAAAGGGAAAUAAAGCGACUGAAGUGAUCGCCAGUGGUAUUGUGCCGACGCGACUAAAACAACACGGUUUGCCUCACGGCCUGUCUUCCCUCGAGUCGGGAAAUUUACCGACUCUAUCGCCCUCUAGUCUGCCGACUCUUAACCCUAUUGAGCCGAUAGAGCCCGUCGUCGUCCACCGGAAACCAACUAAAAAAGCGGAGACACCCGUCAGCGAAGAAGAGCACGAACUCUCACUCUUGAAGGCAGUGUUGAAGGGCGACGACACCGACAGUGUUAAGAGUCUGUCUUCGAAGCCAUCCACACAUAUUCACCACAAGAAGGUCGAUGACAGCGCGAAGACGUUAAAGGAAUGGAUCAUUAAAUACAUGUAUAUCAAGGAUAAGGACAUUCUCCAGAAGAGAGGCGUGGAUGCGCUUCAAUACGUGCUCUUUCAACGAUAUCUAAUCUACUUUAUGGCGUGUAUGACAAUCAUCUGUUUGGUUAUCAUUUUGCCCCUCAAUUUGUAUGGAAAACGUUUGGACCGAUUGGACGAAGUGGCCUACAAGAAGACCACACUUCUCAACAUUAAACCAAACUCUAAGUUCAUUUGGAUUCACGCACUCAUGACACUACUCAUCGUCGCAAUGGGCAUUUAUCUGAUGGAGAGUUUCUCCACAAUUAUCAGUUCGCGAGAGAUAAACAUCGAUAGAAAGAUACUAAUGAUAGAGAAUAUUCCCGAAUCCAAAAGAGACACCCAAUCGGUGGACGACUUUUUGUCUAAACAGUUCCCCAAUAUAUCCGUCCGACGGAUCACUUUUGUCUACGAUAUCGAAGAGAUAUUGAGUUUAAUGAAGAAACUUUUGACCACAAUUGAGGCCAAGAGAUACUGUUUGUAUUACGAGAGGACUUACGGCCAGAAGUGCGAAGUGAGGCCUUAUAUUCUGGGAAAUAUAUUGGGUUUCAUGGGUUGUUGUUAUUGGUUCCCAAAAGUGGACGCUUUGGAGUUCUACACACAAGAGAAGGUCAAUCUCGAGGAGGACAUCAACAAAGAGCUCGACAACGCUGUGUCUCGUCCUCAGAGGAUAGUCUUUAUUGUCUUUGAUCGUAAAUCUGAUGCCAAAAAGACUGACAUCUCUGCCACAAGAACUAAAAUAAUAACACUGGAAGUAGUGCUCAAUUUAGUGAUAAUAAUCAUAUUUCUAUUCCUAUCGACGCCCUAUUCGGUCAUAUAUUUAGUCAAAUCGAUGCCAGCGUUCAAUCAGACCAUCGAAGAAGUGCCUGAAUUUACCAAUGAUCAGGAUAAAGUGACCAAAAUGUUUAUAUCAUACGUCCCGACGUUAACUCUGAUGAUAAUGGCAUCGCUUUUACCCACUUUUGUCAAACUGUUGACACAAUUCAUACCUUUUCAUACAAAAUCCGAAUACAAUCACGCGAUUAUGUAUAAGUCGUAUAUCUAUCUCAUUCUAAUGGUCCUAAUCCUACCCUCAAUCUCCAGUAUUACACUUUUCGGAACACUGAUGUCGUGGAUGGAUGUGAAGAGAUUCACCUGGUACUGUAUGUUUCCCACAGAUAAUGGUCCAUUCUUCAUCAACUAUGUAUUGGCCACCGCAACGAUCGGCAAUUCACUCGAGUUGACCCGUUUGCCAGAAUUGGUGUCAUAUAUACUGUGUUUAGUAGUGGUGUCGAGGAGUCCGGCCGAGUAUUUGACGGCCCGACAACUCACGCAAUUUGAGUAUCUGAUAUAUCACGUGUACAUCCCAUCGAAGAUUAACUACAGAAUGCACGCAAAGGCCAUACUAUUUGUGAAGAUAUCGUUUGUAUUCCUAUUACUUCAGUCAAAGACAAAGAGACGGAAGACAGCCAUCGAUGACGAAGACGAGAGGUUUCCCGAAAGGAAACACUUAUUCAACGAAUCCACGAGUGAUGUGGUCUUCAAAGUCGACGGCCAGAGAGUGCCCGCAAAAAAGGGUGUCUUAGAGAUCAAUAGCAAUGUCUUUGACCGCAUGUUUUCGGGCGAAUACACAGAGUCGGCGGCCAAAGAGAUCCCGAUUAAGGACACGACUGCCGACGCCUUCAAAACGAUGAUUGGUUUUAUGUACUUACGAGAGCUGAUCCUCACCGACGACAGUGACCUCCAACUCAUCGGCGAUGUCCUCCAAUGCGCCGACCGAUACCGUGUGAUCCGUUUGGUGGACGCCAUCGGCAAACACUUGGAGCCAAUGGUCACUAUAGAGACAAUGGAAACGAUCGCAGACAUGGCCCACACGUAUCGGAUGCGUGCGCUGAGCGACGCGUUGGGCACCCGAUUGGCCGCACUGUUGACCGUCGAGAACGUGGUCUCUGUGGCCACAGUUGUGUACAAACUCGACGCUUUGUGGCUACUCAAACACAGGCAAAACUUCUGUAAAGACCUGUAUUUGAAAGGUGUUUACUACUCUCUUACAGUCGUAAACUAA